AUCACACUCACAUCAAGAUGGCCGCCGCUCACCCAGCGCAGUUUCUCUCCGGAAAAGUCUUAAAACCAAUAUGGUGCGGACAGUUCACAAAUCGCUUGAUGGCAUUUGGGACAGCACUUUGUGGUUGGAGAGAGAGGUCUACAUACACAGGACAAAUCAUUCCUCCUCCUGCUAAGUAUGGCGGCCGCCACACUGUGACCCUGAUACCAGGAGAUGGCAUUGGACCAGAGCUGUUGAAUCAUGUCCGGGAAGUGUUCAGGUUCAGCUGUGUGCCAGUAGACUUUGAGGUGGUAAACGUGAACUCUGCGCUGACCGCUGAGGAUGACAUCAACAAUGCCAUCACUGCCAUCCGCCGCAAUGGAGUUGCUCUCAAAGGCAACAUAGAGACCAACCACACCUUGCCUCCCUCCCACAAGUCCAGGAACAACCUGCUACGGACAAGUCUGGACUUAUAUGCUAACGUGAUGCACUGCCAGUCCCUCCCUGGGGUUCAGACCCGCCACAAGAACAUCGACAUCAUCAUCAUCAGGGAGAACACAGAAGGGGAGUACAGCAGUCUGGAGCAUGAGAGUGUGUCAGGAGUGGUUGAGAGUCUCAAAAUCAUCACUCGACUCAACUCCCUGCGAAUCGCUGACUACGCCUUCCAAUUGGCCAGGGAGAAAGGGCGCCGCAGGGUAACUGCUGUGCACAAGGCCAACAUUAUGAAGCUGGCUGAUGGCUUGUUCCUGCAGUGCUGUAAGGAGGUGGCAGCCGGAUAUCCUGACAUCACUUUUGACAGCAUGAUUGUGGACAACACCACCAUGCAGCUGGUGUCCAAGCCUCAGCAAUUCGAUGUCAUGGUGAUGCCAAACCUGUAUGGCAACGUGGUCAGCAAUGUGUGCGCCGGGCUGGUCGGGGGCCCUGGCCUAGUGCCAGGGGCCAACUAUGGCCGCGAUUACGCUGUCUUCGAAACGGCAACAAGGAACACAGGGAAGAGCAUCGCUGACAGGAACAUCGCCAACCCCACGGCCAUGCUUCUGGCCAGCUGUCUGAUGCUGGACCACCUUAAACUGCAUGACUAUGCCAGCAUGAUCCGAAACGCAGUCCUUACCACCAUGAAUGAGACUCGGCUGCACACAGCAGACAUUGGGGGUCAGGGCACAACCUCUGAGGUCGUCCAGUCCAUCAUGAGGAUAAUUGAGAAGGGCGGACCCCCUGCAUCACCAAUCAGUACCGAAUAUCGUGCUUAAACUCUCCACUGAACACCGGUCAGCACAAAGAUGAUGCCAGUCUGUUUUCUAAAGCUGAAGACAGAAGAGAGAGGCUCUGUGAAUCCAUGGGAAGAGCUACCUUGUCAUCUCUGUCACUGGUUUGUGUUCCAGUCAACAGUACCCUCUAUAGAACUGAUGACACCCCAUAUUUGGGUUCACGAAUUGUCAUUCUCCCGUGGGUGUUUGAAAAUCUUUUUUCUUUAGUGUGAAAGUAUGUUACAGAUCAAUUUUGAAAGCUUUGCCAGAACAGGUACAUUCCCAGUAUACUUAAAGACAUUCUCUCCUAGUUAACUGUUACUGUCACCUUUGGUACUAAAGAGAUCAAAGCUUAAGAAGUGAAGCACUUUAAAAUCCAGUUCUUUGUACAUCUUUCUGCAUUGAAAAGGUCUAUUUAUUGGGUUAGACAUGGCAAGAUAUAUUAAGAGAUACACUGCUGUAUUGAUGGAAUAGUGUACAUGCUUAACACACUGUAAUCUUUAUCACCUGAGGUCAUGUUAUACACAGUUAAAUUUAAGAAUGAAUACUUGUACUACCAGCCAAGAAAGGUUUCAUUUUGAAGUAAUGCUUGAGAUGUGUGUAUACUGUGAUUUCCACUUUGUGCUUUGUAGUUUUUGCUUUAUUGUAGGAGCAGCAAAAGGAGACGUUUCUUUUCCACUCAUACACUGCAACCCAGUAUCUCCUUCCCCAUGUUCUUUAUCUGUUAUUUUCUGCUUGUACUGAGUGGCUUGUAUGAGAGACCAAAUUUAAGAUCAGGAAAAGAUGAUUUCCUAAUGAAUGUUAUAUGUUCCACAAGGCAAACAAAAGUCACUUUUAUGAGAAGAUCAUCUUUGAUUUAGUCUUAAAGGGCUUCCUCUUUGUGUGGCUGUCAUUUGUGUGCCUCAGCACGUUUAUCACCAGUCAUCAGUACUGCUGUGAUGCCUUUCUUUGUGAAUAGCUCGUCACUGCACAGAGGAAAUCCCUUUUCUUUCUCCACCUGUCUCUCCCUAUGGUCAGAAUGGUGUCACAACAGCAGCUUUCUGUUGAUAGCAUGCUGGCCCUGACUAACUUCUUCAGUGGCAGCCAGUUCCUUCCCAGCACAGAGUCUAGAGCUUGCAGUGCUGACCUGUUCUUUGAGUUUGCUGAAAGUGAGGCUUUCAUGUUGGAGCUCAAUGUAACUGGAAACAAACGGUUACAGUUGUCUGUCUAGUUGGCUAUCUUUGUGUACUGUAUGGAUGUGUGUAUAUUGGAUGAUCAGUUCAAUAAAACAGUUAUUUCC